UUUUUGUUUCAGUUUCAGUUCAGUUGUGUACUUAACUUUGCAUGAUAUCAGCCUUUUGUCUGCAAUUAAACCACCAAAUGUCUCUAACCCAUCAAUGUUCACUAAAACAUCAUCGGUUACAAAUAAAAACUGUUGGGAAACUUCUUCUUCUUGUUUUCUUCUCUCUGGUUGUCUCACUGGCAAUUCUCAACAGUAAUCCAAUUCUAGAGAGGAAAAGUGAAGGUAAGAACAGUGGAAGAAUGGCCCAUUUUUGUGGUGCUUGCACAAACUAACUAUGGUAGAUAGAUAAAUACAUACGGAGAAUGAUCUCCUUCCUUCCAAGGUAUCUAUUUAAUUUUUUCAUCAACUGCAUUUAAGAUGAAGUUUACAACCUGAUGCCAAUGCCAGAAAGUAUAUGGGGCUUACCAAUCAAGAAUACUUUCUUUGAUGUUCUCAUCAACUGCAAUUAAAAUGUGUUAGGUCAGACUAAGAAAUGAUAACCGUAUGGCUUGCUAAAUGUGAAAAAACAGGCACGUAAAUUGUGUCAAAAAAGAAGUGUACUUAAAUAUUUUCAUCCAGGCUCAUCUAGAUUUAGAAAGGAAGUAAUAUUGCAUUUUUUUUAUCGAAGUAUAUUUAGAAAAAAAGUCCAUUUCGUAAUAUAAAGAUUUUCAAGUGAAUCAUGUAGAGACAAGAAACCUUGACAGGUAGUGCAUGUGAUCUUGCAUGACAUAAUUGUGAGUCUAGAAGUUAAUGCAUUCUGCCUGUACCAACUACACCGUGUCAAUUUUUGUCAUUAGAUGUGUGCUUAUGCAUAUGCACAUGGGACUGCAUAGCUAUUUGCUGGCAGAAUGUAAGCAACAAAACACAAUUUAGCCUUCCCAGUUGUACACAACACCUCUGGCUAAUGACAUGUAAAUUGCAAAGUAAUUUGGACUGCAUGAUGUAUGUCAUGUAUUUUUAACAUAAAUUAGUCCAGACCUAUAAUUGAACACUUCCAUCAAAAAAAAGAGUUCUCUUAAAAUGAUUGUUUUUUCUUUGAACAUUUUUAACGGCCAUAACAGACCUGAAGUUUGGAGGAUGCCGUUUGUGGUAUUGUUUUCACCUUUUUCCUUGUGUUCAUUAGUUAUGGGGCUGUUUUUCCUUAUUUUUCACAUGAUUUCUCCCAUUCUGAACUGGAGAGUCCUUUCCCUGUUUUGUCCUGUUUUUGCUGACCUGUCAACUUGUCUAUUGGACAGUCUUCAAUUCUCCUCAUGAAUGUGUUUGUGUUCAUGUUUGACACUUUCAGCUUGAAAAUUGAUAUAUAAGGAAAUGACAUGAAGGUUGACCUUGAGACUUCGGUUUGUGGUUUUUAUGAAGAGAGCUUGAUAUAGAAUAUUAUCACACAUAGCUGGCUAUAUAUUCUCUUCAUAAGACACUUUCAAAAGUAUUGAUAUCAAUAAAUAUUCUAACCUGUGAUGUUUUAAAUGAUACAGUGCAAAAUGGAGGAAAAGAGAAAGAAAUUCAUGAUACACGUUAUUAUUUGCUAACCAUGGGAUAUAUUUGGUUAUCAGUUACUAGAAGAGGCACAAUCUUUAAUUACUUGUUAACCUUCACUGCCAGGUCAUUAAAUUACUUCCAGAAAAUCCAUUUGAACCAUAGAAAUAUAAAACCUCACUUUUACUGAUUUGUUAAGCAGCAAUUUAGUAUAAAAUUUACCAUAUGAGCUUUCUUUCUCUCCUGGGAUUCUUCUUAUCUGUUCCAGUGCAAACCUACCACUAGUCAAAAUGCAUGAACUCCUGGAUUGCCACUUUGAAGAAAAGGUUGUUGUUGGAUGAGCGUUAUAAGUUCUGGAGUUCUCUUUCUACCUCAUUAGGAAGUGGUCUGUAGUCUCUUUUUCUCAAGAGCAGCCAGACGCACCAGAUGAGAUCUAUGGUUCCCAUAUGUCAAUCUUAGGACAGGUGUGGUUUUUUUAUUGGACGAAGGAGGUGAAGAGAGGUUAGAAAUGGGUGAAACAGGUGACGGAUGUGCUCAUUGCAUAACUGAUAAAUGGUAUGAGGUAGAAUAUGUAGAAAAUGUGCUUGCCAAUAUACUGUCAAGGCUUCCAGUUAAGUCACUUUUAGCAUGCAAAUCUGUUUGCAAGCACUGGUGUCAGUUGAUAAGUAGUCAGGCUUUCAUUGAUUUGCAGCUACUCUGGUCUAAAAACCACUCCAUUUACAUAGUUUAUCCUUACAUGGAUAUGAGGAUGACAUUAUAUUUGAUGAAGGACGGUGAUGAAAUCACUAAAAGAAUUACCUUUCCGUAUUGUGGCAAUCUUUCUCCCCUUACCAUCAUUUGUUCCUUUGAUGGUCUGCUCUGUUGUAUCAACUAUACCUGGAAGGUGGACUCAGGCAUGAUAGUUGAGGAUGUAACUGAUCUGGAAAUCCGCAUCUGCAAUCCUGUCACUAGAAAGGCUCUAUUACUUCCGAAAGGUAGCACAUCCGAAGAAAAACCUUCCAUUGGAGUUGCUUUUGGUCCACAGAUCAACGAAUACAAGAUAUUUCGAUUUUUCUGUGCCAAGCGCAUAUCUCUUGCUAAACGUCAAUCCCGUGCUAACCGUCGUCAAUGUGAGGUAUAUUCAUCGAGCACUGGAUCCUGGAGUGUUAUAGGUCGUGUACCUUACUGUCCCAUGCAAUCUAGCCAUAGCCCCUUGGGGUCCAACCAUGUUUUUGUCAAUGGAAAGAUAUAUUGGCUCAUUGCUUCAGACGAAGAUCACAUGACCGCUGGCUCUAUCCUUACAGUUGACAUCGAGGAAAACUUUGGAACUAUUGACCUUCCGAAAGAGGUCACUGAACACUCAUACUUGGUUGAUCUUGAAGGCUGUUUAUCCCUAGUUGCUGUAUAUGAUGAAGAUGAGAUUGUGAAUAUAUGGAUUUUAGAAGACAAGGAUAAGCCUAAAUGGGAACUGAAAUGCAGUGAUCCUGUUCCCUUCUCAAAUGAAGAAUGUGUUGAGUUUGUAGUUGCAAGGGAGAAUGAAAUUUUCUUUAUAACUUCAAAUCAUUAUUAUAUUUAUGAUCUGGACCAGAGGUUUUGGAGGGAGCUUGAUUUGAGCGACACUUCUGAAAAGAAAUUUCCGGUUGCUGUUGCAUACACAGAAAGCCUUCUCUCAUGUGAUGGACGCAUGGAUCCUCAGACAGAGGACAUUUCCAACAGAACGAGCAUUUAAAUAAACAACUCUCUAAAGGAGCUUCAGAGGAUGAACAAACGUCUCCAACUGUCCCAUGUUCACCACAUGGAGAUCUUGCACCUUUCUCUUUGCCAUGAGCGGGCUCUUAACUUGUGAUCAGUUGUCAACACAGAUGAUCCUUCGUCUGGGCAAUAAUGCUCACCUUCUUUAUUUUCAUGUUAUGAUGGUGUAAGGUUGUCUGUGCAUCUGUUUUAUGUCCAAUGACUUAUUUUAAUUUGACAAUAAAGAUAUCGGUGUUUAUCUUUGCAAAUGUGAUGUUACCUUUUCCCUGGAUGACCUACCAUUUCUGAU